UCUUCAUUCCUACCAACAGUGUACAGGGUUUCUCCAUACCCCUGCCAAUAUUUGUUAUCUUUUCACUUUUUAAAAAUAGCCAUCUUAAUGGGAGUAAGGUGCUAUCUCACAGUGGUUUUGAUUUGCAUUUCCCUGAUGAUUACUAAUGUUGAGCACCUAUCGUAUAUCUGUCAGCCAUUUUUAUGUUUUCUUUGGAGAAACAUCUAUUUAGGCCCUUGCCCAUUUUUAAAAACAGUUCUUUGUUGUUUUGUUUUUGUUUUUUGGAUUUUUUUUUUUUUUUGAGACAAUGUUUUGCUCUCGUUAGCUCAUCAGUUGUAUGUGAUUUUUUUUUUUUUUUUGAGACAAGGUUUCACUCUGUUGUGGCACACCUGUUGUGAUCAGUGGCAUUAUCACAGCUUACUGCAGACUCAACCUCCCUGGCCUAAAUGAUACUUCCAUCUCAGCCUCCUGAGUAGCUGGGACUACAGGCACACAUCACCAUGUCUGGUUAAUUAAAAAAAAAAUCACAGAGACAGGAUAUCACUACAUUGCCCAGGCUGGUCUGAACUCCUGGAUCCAACAAUCCUCCUGCCUCAGCCUCCCAAAGUGUUGGGAUUACAGGUAUCAGCCACCGCAUCCAGCCUCCUGUGCCCAUCUUUAAACUGAGUUAUUUGCUUUUCUACUAUCGAGUUGUAUGAGUUCUUUAUACACUUUGGAUAUUAACCCCUUAACAGGUAUAUGAUUUGCAAGUAGUUUUCACCAUCUGUAGGCUACUGUUUCAUUUUGCUGAUUGUUUCCUUUGCUGUGCAGAAGCUUUUCAGUUUAAUAUAGUCCUAUUUAUUUAUUUUUGUUUUUGUGGCCUGAGUUUUUGCUGUAAUAUCGAAAAAAUCAUCACCAAGGCCAAUGUCCCAGAGUAUUCCCCCAUGUUCUCUUCUAGGAAUUUUAUCGUUUCUGGUUUUAUAUUUAGGUCUUUCAUCCAAUUUGAGAUGAUUUUUGUGUAUGGUAUAAAUAAGGGUCCCAUUUCAUUCUUUUGCAUGUGAAAAUGCAGUUUUCCCAGCACCAUCUGUCGGACAGACUAUCCUUUCCCCUUUGUGUCUUCUUGUCAAAAAUUAGUUGACUAUAUAUGUUUGGAUUUAUUUCUGAGUCAAGACUUAUUAUAAAGCUACUGUCAUCAAGACAUUGUGGUAUUGGCAUGGAGACAAAACGAUUGACAGAAAAGAACAGAGUCUAAAAAUAGAGACACAUAUAACUAUGAAAAAUGAAUUUUAUAUGAAGGUAAAAAGUUGAGAGAGAAAGAAUAGUCAUUUAAAACAAGUGGUGCUGGAAAAAGUGGAUAUCCACAUGCCAAAAAUAUAAACUUCUAACCAUUUCCCACACCAUAUACACAAAUUAACUUGAAAUGGGUCCUACACUCAAAUAUAAAUUUUAAAACUUUAAAACUUCUAAAAGUAAACUUAAGAAAAAACUUUUAGGACCUUGGGUUCAACAAAGUUUUCUUAGAUAUACCAUCAAAAGUAUGAUCCAUAAAAGAAAAAAAUUGAUUAAACUUUAUCAAAAUAAAGAUGUUUUUCAAAAGACACUGUUAAGAGAAUGAAAAGACACAGACUGAGAGAAAAAGGAUUUGUAUCCAGAAUAUGUAAAGAACCAAGACUUAAUUAUAAGAAAACAACCAACCCAAUUUUUAAAAUAGGCAAACGAUUUGGACACUUGACCAGUGAAGACAUACAAACGUCAAAUAAGCAAAUGAAAACAUGCAUGACAUCAUUAUUCAGUGGGAAAGGGUAAAUUAAAAUCACAAUAAGGUAUAGAAGUAUUAGAAAGGCUAACAACUAACCAGGCCAAGUAAGUGCUGACGAGGAUGGGGAGGAACUGCAACUAUCAUAGACUGCUGUUGGGAAUGUAAACUAGAACAAAAACUUUAGAAAGUAAUUUGGUUGUUUCUUAAAAAGUUUGACAUGCAAAUGCCAGAUGAUCCAUUCAUUCCACUACUAGGCAGUUUCCCAAGAGAAUGAAAGCAUUUGUCCAGAUAAAGGCUUGUAGAGGAAUGUUUACAGCAACUUCAUUUAGAGUAGCCCCAAACUGGAAAUCAUCCAAAAGUCUAUCAACAGCUGAAUGGAUAAACUGCAGUAUAUUCAUUAAAUAGAACUCCACUCAGCAAUCAAAAGAAUGACCUAUUGAUACACAUUACAAUAUGGAUUAAUCUUAAAAUAAUUAUACUUAGCGAAAAAAAGUGCUUACUGCAUGAUUCUAUUUUUUAAGAGUUCUGAGAAAUGCUAAUACAUAGUGACAGAAAGCACCUUAGUGGUUGGCUGUGACAGGGUAGUAAAAAGUAGAAGAAAGGAAUUACAAACAGGCAUGAGAAAAUUUAGGUGCUAUAGAUUUGUUCAAAACAUGUAUCUGCUGCAAUGAGAUUGACAGCCUCCAUUACUUUUUUUUUUUUGAGACAGAGUCUCACUCUUUCGCUGAGGCUGGAGUGCAGUGGCAUGAUCUUGGCUCACUGCAACCUCUGCCUUCUGGGUUCAAGUGAUUCUCCUCCCUCAGCCUCCCAAGUAGCUGAGAUUACACAGGCAUGCACCACCACACCCGGCUAAUUUUAUUUUUAGUAGAGAUGGGGUUUCACUAUGUUGGCCAGGCUGGUCCCGAAUGUCUGACCUUAUGAUCCACCCACCCUGGCCUCCAAAGUGCUAGGAUUACAGGCGUGAGCCACUGUUCCCGGCCGCCUCCAUUACUUUUCUGAGACUUGUGACAUUAAUAAAUGUGUGAUAUUACAUAAUGAAUUAUAUCAUUAUUUCAUAUACCUGCACGACUUGGUGAUCUGAUAUUUUCCAAAUGACUGAAGCAUGAUGCUAUAAAAUCAUGCAUGGGUAAAAGACGCAUUCAAACUGCAAGAUCAACCAAUGAACUUAAUGUAACUGAAUAUGAAAAGUUCACUAAUAAGAUUUGAGAUUCCACACUGCAAACAGCCUUUAGGAAAAUUUAGAAAAAUUUAGCAAAAUCUACUGUGGUAGAUAGAAUUUGAAUAUGGCCUCCCAAAGAUGUCCUACUGUAAUACCUGGAUCCCUAUGAGUGUAAGUACUACUCAUAAUAUGUUCUAUCAUGUACAGUUGACCUUAAAAUAAGAUUAUCCAGGUGUGCCUGAUCUAAUCAUACAAGCCCUUUUAAAAGUAGAGAGUAGCAGCUUUUAUGAGGUAUCAGCACUUUUCUUUCAUUAGGGGGAAGGCGUGAGGAAAGUACCAAACAGCAGUGGAGUUUUAAACUUUAAACAGACAGGUCUGAGUGCCUGAACUUGCCUUUUCAUUUUACUUCAUCCUCCAAGGAGUUCAAUCACUUGGCAUGACUUCACUUCUUUUAAGUAAAAGAGUGGUGCCCAGGCAACAUGGGUGACUGGAGCACCUUAGGCCAAAUCCUUGACAAGGUUCAAGCCCACUCAACAGCUGGAGGGAAGCUGUGGCUGUCAAUACUUUUCAUUUUCCGAAUCCUGCUGCUGGGGACAGUGGUUGAGUCAGCCUGGGGAGAUGAGCAGUCUGCCUUUUGUUGUAACACUCAGCAGCCUGGUUGUGAAAACGUCUGCUAUGACAAGUCUUUCCCAAUCUCUCACGUGCGCUUCUGGGUCCUGCAGAUCAUAUUUGUGCCUGUACCCACACUCUUGUACCUGGCUCAUGUGUUCUAUGUGAUGCGAAAGGAAGAGAAACUGAACAAGAAAGAGGAGGAACUCAAGGUUGCCCAAACUGAUGGUGUCAAUGUGGAGAUGCACUUGAAGCAGAUUGAGAUAAAGAAGUUCAAGUAUGGUAUUGAAGAGCAUGGUAAGGUGAAAAUGCAAGUGGGGUUGCUGCGAAACUACAUCAUCAGUAUCCUCUUUAAGUCUAUCUUUCAGGUGGCCUUCUUGCUGAGCCAGUGGUACAUCUAUGGAUUCAGCUUGAGUGUUGUUCACACUUGCAAAAGAGAUCCCUGCCCACAUCAGGUGGAUUGUUUGCUCUCUUGCCCCACAGAGAAAACCAUCUUCAUCAUCUUCAUGCUGGUGGUGUCCUUGGUGUCCCUGGCCUUGAGUAUCACUGAACUCUUCUAUGUUUUCUUCAAGGGCAUUAAGGAUCAGGUUAAAGGAAAGAGCGACCCUUACCAUGCGACCACUGGCCCGCUGAGCCCCGCCAAAGACUGUGGGUCGCAAAAAUACGCUUAUUUCAAUGGCAGCUCCUCACCAACUGCUCCCCUCUCGCCUAUGUCUCUUCCUGGGUACAAGCUGGUUACUGGUGACAGAAACAAUUCUUCUUGCCGCAAUUACAGCAAGCAAGCAAGUGAGCAAAACUGGGCUAAUUACAGUGCAGAACAAAAUCGAAUGGGGCAGGCAGGAAGCACCAUCUCUAACUCCCAUGCACAGCCUUUUGAUUUCCCUGAUGAUAACCAGGAUUCUAAAAACCUAGCUGCUGGACAUGAACUACAGCCACUAGCCAUUGUGGACCAGCGAUCUUCAAGCAGAGCCAGCAGUCGUGCCAGCAGCAGACCUGGGCCUCAUGACCUGGAGAUCUAGGUACAGGCUUGAAAGCAUCAACAUUCCACUCACUUGUGGAGAAGAAAAAAGGUGCUGUAGAAAGUGCACCAGGUGUAAAUUUUGAUCUGGUGGAGGUGGUACUCAACAGCUUAUUCAUGAGGCUUAGAAAACACGAAGACAUUAGAAUACCUAGGUUCACUGGGGGUGUAUGGGGUAGAUGAGUGGAGAAGGAGGGGAUAAGAGAGGUGCAUGUUGGUAUUUAAAGUAGUGGCUUCAAAGAACUUUAUUACGUGAUACAUAGAUAAGGGCUUUUUCUCCCCACAAACACCCCUAAGAAUGGUUCUGUGUAUGUGAAUGAGUGGGUGGUAAUUGUGGCUAAAUAUUUUUGUUUUACCAAGAAACUGAAAUAAUUCUGGCCAGGAAUAAAUACUUCCUGAACAUCUUA